AAAAGUACAAGUGGUACAUCUUGUAUCGAAAAAGUUCAUGAAUUACUCACGUGUACAUGACAUUGCGAUCUCAGGUUAACCGCUUGUCACUAAUUCUAAUGUCAUUUACUGUGAGUUAGAGCAAUUCUUAGCAGGAAACACAAUCAAAAUGACAACGAAAAAAGGUAAGAUAUUAACCAAAGGAGCGAAGCAAAUACAGGAGGAGAAUGUUUCCACGCUGAGUUUCUACACCAAUAUGGCAUUAGGAGCAAUGGGAAUUUAUUUCGCUGUAACAAUGAUGCUAUUCGAAUUAACUGCAUUAGCGAUAACAAUAAUGAUAUUUUCUACAAUUGUAUAUAUAGGAAGCUAUCAAUUCAUGGCCUACAUGGCUCGUACUACAUAUUCAGAAUCAGGUCAACUCCUAGACUCUGGUGUUGAUCUCAAUAUGGAAGGUGGUAUAGCAGAACAUGUUAAGGACUUAAUCAUAUUGACAUCAGGAGUACAAAUCCUGUCCCUCAUUUCAAACUAUUUCUGGCUAUUGUGGCUUCUGGUACCAUUGAGAGGAAGCUGGAUGCUCUGGAAGCAAAUCUUGGCUCCAUGGUUUUUCGCCCAACCGCAAGAACAGCCUGAAAUAAGCGAUAAAAAGCAACGCAAAUUAGACAAAAAAAUGGCUAGACGACACUAAUAAAAUUACCAAAAGUUGUCACAGUGCAAUACAACAAUUGCAUAAUAAUUGAUUCAAUUGGGAACUGGAAAAGUUUGAGUCUGGGAAGAUAAGAAUAUUAAAAUAUAGAUCUUCCUUUUGCUUCAAGAUAUGAAAAAUUGCUAUAAUAGAAUACAACUUGAAAUCGAACGAGGUUUUGAGAUUCGUGCAAUUUUACAAGGGACAAGUAUGAAAAAAAAAAAGAAACAGUUUUGCAGAAUUCACAAGAAUCACGAACUGAGAAAUAGAUUUCGUUCUUACUGGAGCAUUCCGUAAUUAUUUCUAUAGAUAGACGACAUUGAUAUAUAGUCUCAAAAUUAAAAGGAUUGAAACAAAUUCUUCUUGUAUUUAGUAAUGUCUACGGACUUAUCCCUAUAUAAGUCGAAGGUAAAUAAUACUAAAUAAUCAUUAGAAUUUAAUAAACAUAACACAAAUAUCUUAAUAUAUACUUACUUGAUACUAUUACAUAUUUAUUAUAUAUUUUAAUAGCUAUUAUCAUCUUUGGCUUAUAUUUAUAGGAAUAAAACCGUUAGACUUGAUAGAAAUCGUUAGACAGAAAAUAUCUUGGCGCUUUCAUUUUUACUUGUUUAAUUUUGUUAAUUAUAAUGCUAAAGUGGACAGUGUUUUGUAAUUAUAACGAUAGUAUUACGGCAAUGACUACGGUGACUUCGUCUUAAAGAUCUUCCAUUGUGCGUGCGAGAAUUUAUAAUAAAGUGGUGAAUAGGUGCCUUUACGAAAACGGAGAUAUUAACAAUGUCAAAACGCGCGUUUAAAAAAUAUAUAGAUGAAAGUCAAACAAGGUAAGAGAUAAUGAUACUUGUGUAUUAUAGUUUGAAAGUUCAAUCAUUCUCCUUCCAAUGUAAAUGAAAAUCCGACUCACAACAUCAUAUCAUUAUUCAGGAAUGUGUAUAUUACAAUUAUAUUAUUAUUUAAUGUCACAUAAAUAUAAAUCACGUUAUUUAUUAGGUUCUGAAAGUUGACAAAUUGACGCAUCACAGUAUUCCAUUUAAGUCUAAUUUUAUAUACAUGUAUAUAUAAUCAUAUCUUUGUAUAGGAAUGUGGAAAUUUACAUGAAUUAACAAUAUUUCAAUCUUUGUAUACACAGCUUUACAGUUUUUUUAAAAUAAUAAUUAUUGGACUCUAUUCUUGUAUAUAUUGGUCACGAAAUGCUUAAUGUGCGAAAAAUCUCUUUAAAAUUAGGCCAACAUUUGUACUUCUUAUCUAAACAUGUUCAUUUAAUUCACAGCUUUUAUUUUGGCUUUCACACAUAAACGCCUCUGUUCAGUGAAAAAUUUGCAAUUUGUAUUUAUUAAUUAAAACUUAUUAUCUUAUUACUUAAAUUAAAACCAAAUUCCUAUUAUAGUAAUUACAUUCCUAUUAUAGUAAUUACUUAAAUAAUAGCGAAUUUUAUCCGAGAGACGAUUUUAAAGAAUCCGCAAUCGAAAAUAUUCAGAAAAAUGCAAAUUUACUUGGUCUACAAAAAAACUUCCUUGGAAGACUUUAGCAUUAAAUAAAAAAUAUUGAAAGAAAUUGAUCUUAAUGCAGUUAAAUUAAAGGAAACAAAUACACAUGUGGAACUAAUUUAUCUCGAUGCAGACUAUGAGAAUAAAUUGUAUGAAAUAUUUUUCAAUUCUAUAAUAUUAUAAUUCAACACAAAAUAUAAGUUGAAAGAAUUUCAACUAAGAUAAAAAAAAAGAAUAUAUUAUAUACAAAAUUAUUGAUUUUAUUUAUAUAAAAGCACACUGAAAUGCAUUAAAUUGUAGAGAAGUUAUUUGCUUGUACUUUAAAAAAUUUAUAGAAACAUCUUAGGGACAUACUUUCAACGAUGUAAUAAGUAAUUUCUCAGAAUAUCUACAAAUUUUUAUUACUACAAAUGCAAAUUGAAUGAUAUAUCGAUUUCACUGAACAGCAGAGCGGACGGUAUCGUCAAGUAUAGAAUCUAAUUAAUUAGCAAAACUAAUAUCUAGAUUCCAUGUUUUUUCAGUAAAUGUAAGUGUUUUGCAAUUAGAACAAUCAAUAUUGCUCUGUAACUAGAAUAUAAACCUUUAAUUUCUAGGAUCAGAGAUUAUAUAAUAUGCAACAGUUAUUUUCGUUAAAAUCCAAAUCCGAGAAGUAUUGAAUAUAUUUACCUUCAUUUAUUUUGCAGCAUAUCGUUUGUUCCAAUUGCUGGGUAUUAAUACAGAAAUAUACACAAACCAAUCUAAUUACUUUGAAAUGUAGCAUGGAAUAAUAUCUCUUAAACAUUA